UCUCUCUGCUUCUUCUCCUUCUUUUGUUCUUGUUCAUUUCAUCAUCAACAAACGUGUCAAUGGCGCGCAUGGGAACAACGUGAUUUAUAGACACACCUUGCGUCAAAGUUGUUAUCUUUCUUUUGUUGGGUGUUGCCUUUCAAUUUUUUCAAACGGUGCAAGCAAACAGACACAGUUUUUUCGCCACAUUUUAAGAGUUUGCAGCGAAGAAGGGAAAUGAAGGAAGGUGAGAAGAGCUUGGAUCCGCAGCUAUGGCAUGCGUGUGCAGGUUCCAUGGUUCAGAUGCCUCAAGUGAACUCGAAAGUGUUCUACUUUCCACAAGGGCAUGCAGAACACGCUCAAACCGCCAUUGAUCUCUCAACUCCUUCUUUGAGGGUUCCACCACUCAUCCCUUGCAGGGUUGCAACAGUGAGAUUCAUGGCUGACCCUGAAACAGAUGAAGUUUUCGCAAAGAUAAAGCUUGUUCCACUGAAAAGUUCAGAGCUUGAUCAAAACGACAACACCUUGGAGGGUGAAGUUGUUGUGGAGAAUCAAGAAAAGCCUGCAUCUUUUGCAAAGACUUUGACCCAAUCUGAUGCUAACAAUGGUGGGGGUUUCUCAGUCCCUCGUUACUGUGCAGAAACCAUCUUCCCCCGGCUCGAUUACUCGGCGGAGCCGCCGGUUCAGACGGUGGUGGCAAAGGAUGUUCAUGGUGAGCUAUGGAAGUUUAGGCAUAUAUAUAGAGGUACACCAAGGAGGCACUUGCUUACAACUGGUUGGAGCACUUUUGUUAAUCAGAAAAAGCUUGUAGCUGGUGAUUCUGUGGUGUUUCUGAGGGCUGAAAAUGGUGAUCUUUGUGUUGGGAUUAGGAGGGCAAAAAGGGGAAUUGGAAUUGGAAUUGGUGGUGGUUGUGAGGGUUCAUCUUUGUGGAGUUCAGCUUCUUCUGGUAAUGGUAAUAGUAAUGGAGGGCCUUAUGGAGCAUUAUCAAUGUUCUUGAGAGAGGAGAACAACAAGCUUUUAAGGAAUAGUAACGGAAGGUGUUCUUAUUCUUCUUCUUCAAGGGUGAGAGCUGAAGAUGUUGUGGAAGCUGUGUCAAUGGCUGCAAGGAACCAAGCAUUUGAGGUUGUGUAUUCUCCAAGGGCAAGCACUCCUGAGUUCUGCAUUAAGGCUUCUUCUGUGACUGAUGCAAUGAGGAUCCAAUGGUGUUCUGGCAUGAGGUUCAAGAUGCCCUUUGAGACUGAGGAUUCUUCUAGGAUCAGCUGGUUCAUGGGGACUGUUGCUUCCGUUCAGGUUGCUGAUCCUAUCCGCUGGCCGAAUUCGCCUUGGCGAAUUCUUCAGGUUACUUGGGAUGAGCCUGAUUUGCUACAAAAUGUGAAGAGAGUUAGUCCAUGGUUGGUUGAAUUGGUAUCAAACAUGCCAAUCAUCAAUAUCUCGCCAUUCUCGCCACCAAGGAAGAAGUUGAGGUUUCCUCAGCACCCAGACUUCCCUCAGGACAUUCAGUUCACAUCAUUACCAACGUUUCCGGGCAAUUAUAUCGGGCCGAAUAGCCCCAUGUAUUGUUUAUCUGAAAACGCUCCCGCAAGCAUACAGGGAACCAGGCAUGCUCAAAUUGGAAUAUCUCUUUCAGAUUUCCACCUCAGCAAUAAACUGCAGUUGGGGCUGCUUCCAACUAGUAUCCAUCGGCUCGAUGUUCAUAAUCGCGACAUGACCAACCAUGAUAAGAGCAAAGAGAGCUUAUCAUGCUUGCUCACCAUGGGAAAAUCCAACAAGAGUCUGGAGAGUUCUGAUAACAAUGUUAAGACACACCAGUUUUUGCUUUUUGGUCAGCCUAUUCUCACUGAGCAACAAAUCUCUCGAACCGGAAAAGACUCGCCGGACGAGACUAAGAUCAAAGAGAAGUGCUUCUUAGGUGAAGCUAAAUUUGCAGUUUCACAGCACAUUCCACCAGGAAAAGCUUCUAAUGCUGCCGAGUUUUCGUGGCAAAUCGGCUUGGAAACUAGCCAUUGCAAGGUUUUCUUGGAAUCAGAAGAUGUAGGAAGAACCUUAGACCUAUCAAGCCUUGGUUCAUAUGAAGAACUCUAUAGAAAACUGGCCAACAUGUUUGAUAUGGAACGAUCUGAGAUCUUCAACCAUGUUCUUUACCGCGACGAAACAAGUGCUGUUAAGAAAAUUGGAGAAGAACCCUUCAGUGAAUUCAUGAAGACAGCAAAAAGAUUGACAAUUCUUAUGGAUUCAAGCAGCAAAAAUAUUACAAGGGCAUGGAUUACAGGGAGUCGCAGUGGUGAACAUGGAAUUGAUGCAUCAAACAAAACUGGUCCUCUUAGCAUAUUUGUUUAAAAAAUUAAUAUGACUUAAGAUAUAUUUGUAUUUUUGAGAAGUUAAUUAUUAUAAGGACAUAUAGUCACUUGAAUUUGAAAAAGAACUAAAUAUCUUUUUCUUAUAUAUAUAAAUUUAAAGUUGGUAUGUUGUUCUAUCAAGUGUACAAAUAAUAAUGAUGCAACUAUGCAAGCAUCAUGGUCAAUGAUUAUUACUAUUGUAACUACAUGGUUAUGGUUAUAUAUUAACCAAAUAUUUGGACCC